AUGGCGUCCCAAACAAAUGGCACCGAGGGGAACCCGUACACCUUAUACCACCAUUAUUACUCGCUCUGUUCAAUCAUGAUCCGCUACCUUCUGAGGAUCCGGGGGGAUCCCCAAAAUGCCGCGUCCGCGAUGAACGUCACGGAGGAAGUGAUUGAUAUCUUCAAGGAGGAGCAGCUGUCGGAAAAAUACCUGCUCGAAGUGAAUCCGAACGGUCAAGUUCCUGUCCUGGGCAGCCCGGUCGCCUUCUCCUUUCCACUGGCACAAACCACGGCCAUCUCCAAAUAUAUCGCGGAGCGAUAUCCCGCUCUCCACCCACCGGAGCACACGGACGACAUCAAGAGACUGCUCGACGAAAUGCACGCCAUGAACUUUUUCACCCUAUCCUUCGUCAAAAGCCCCAAACUGGCCUCCGGAUUUGCCGAUGCCGUGUUGAAACGGUUGGCGAAUCCCGACAUUAGCGACGAGUAUCGCAAGGCUUUGGAGUACAAGCUCAUGAUUCUUCGACGAGACAAAGUGCAUGCCCUCGAACCCGCCAAGAUGCAGGCUGAGGUGGACAAGUGCCAGAAAUAUCUGAACGGGCUCGUCCCGCUGCUCCGCCCGGAUUCUGGCCCGUGGCUAUGGGGCUAUCAAAAGCCCACGGCGCUCGACGCCGACUUGGUCGUCUUGCUCGCGAGGUUACAGGAUGUCGGACGCCAUGGGAUCAUUCCGCAGGAGCUCAAGGAGUACGCUGAAAAGGCAUAUCAGACUCCCGAGUGGAUCAAGGUCAUGGAGGGGAGGACCACGAUGUACGAUGGGGGUAACAGCGCUGCACCAAAGAAGUGA